GGGGAGUCGGCGGGGACGCCCGCAGGAGGCCGAGGUGUCCGCGGCGGGCUCCAUCCGCCCAGCUGCGCGGGAGUGCGUGCGUGUGCACAUCAGGGGCCCGGGCUUCCGUGACCUCGUGAGGCUGGCAUGCAGGAUGGCAGGACAGCCCAGCCACAUGCCUCAUGGAGGGAGCCCAAACCACCUCUGCCAUGCACUGGGGCCUGCACCCCCUCCAGACCCACAGAGGCUCCCAAACACCCUGUCUUUUCGCUGCUCACUGGCAGACUUCCAAAUUGAGAAGAAGAUUGGCCGAGGACAGUUCAGUGAGGUUUACAAGGCCACUUGCCUGCUGGACAGGAAGACAGUGGCUCUGAAGAAGGUGCAGAUCUUUGAGAUGAUGGAUGCCAAAGCCAGGCAAGACUGUGUCAAGGAAAUUGGUCUCCUAAAGCAACUGAACCAUCCGAAUAUCAUCAAGUAUCUGGACUCCUUCAUCGAAGACAAUGAGCUGAACAUUGUGCUGGAGUUGGCUGACGCGGGUGACCUCUCACAGAUGAUCAAGUAUUUCAAGAAGCAGAAGCGGCUUAUCCCUGAGAGGACCGUGUGGAAGUACUUCGUGCAGCUGUGCAGCGCUGUGGAGCACAUGCACUCCCGACGUGUGAUGCACCGAGACAUCAAGCCCGCCAACGUGUUCAUCACAGCUACGGGCAUUGUGAAGCUUGGUGACCUCGGCCUGGGCCGCUUCUUCAGCUCGGAGACCACUGCGGCCCACUCACUAGUGGGAACACCAUACUACAUGUCACCCGAGAGAAUCCAUGAGAAUGGCUACAACUUCAAGUCAGACAUCUGGUCCCUAGGCUGCCUGCUGUAUGAGAUGGCAGCUCUCCAGAGCCCCUUCUAUGGAGAUAAGAUGAAUCUCUUCUCCCUCUGCCAAAAGAUUGAGCAGUGUGACUACCCGCCUCUCCCGGGAGAGCACUACUCUGAGAAGCUUCGGGAACUGGUCAGUAUGUGUAUCUACCCUGACCCUGACCACCGACCUGACAUUGUAUAUGUGCACCAGGUGGCUAGACAGAUGCACGUCUGGACAUCCAGCACCUGAACGCAACACACCUCAUCAAAGCCAAGUCACUUGUCUUACUUGAGUCCUCUCCCCAAGUGGUACCUGGAAGCCCCCACAGCCAAGACUAGAGGACUCUCAGCUGGCUCCACCCAGCGGAAAACAGCUGGGCUAUGGUCAGACUCCAAAGUCCUUUCUUUGAACUGUCGCAGACAAUCUGAGCUGGGAUGAGUGGGGAGGGGUUUGGCAGCCAUGGAAACCCCUUGUACCUACUGAAAUGUGAACCUCUGCCUGGUUGCUUCAGACCCGUCCAGGCCCACACGGUCAGGAGACUUGAAGGGAGCUGGGUGACUAGUGUGGGCCAGCCUUUGCAAAUGGUUACCACCAUUGGUUUAGUUCUUAGUACCUUUCCAUACAAUCAGGCUGUGUGCUUCAUUUACUCUAUUGUACAAGGAUACGAUGGAAAUAAUGGUUUAGAGUAGAGAUUGCGCUAAUAUUUUUCUCUGCAUUUUCUAAUUUGAUGAGUGACAGUAAAGAGCACCUAGCAUCGGGCCUUUCGACAUAAGUGGCAUCUGGGAGAUGGGAGGGUUCUCCUCUGUCUCCGCAGCCCUGCCCCGUCACAUCACCACCGCUGGGAUGCUAUGGCUCACUCUAGGAUCAGUGUGCAGACUUCGUCCAUCCAGCAGGGAAACUCCAGAAGCUUUGCUCGCACACUGUUCUUGACAAGUUCGGGGUCUGGAUCUUCCUAGUGACUUGUCAAAGUUUGUUGGCCUUUGUGUCCUUGCCUGCAAAUGGGACAUUAUAAUAAGGUGUCUGUCUUCCAGGUGGCUGACAGGAUUUAAAACAAAAGUUGUUAGCCAUGGCAGCCUAAGCUUGCUAUCCCAGCACUUGAGAGGUAGAGGCAGGAGGAUCAAGAAUCCAAGGUUGCCCUGAGCAAUACAGGAAGUUUGAGACAGGAACGGACUACAUAAGACCCUGUCUCAAAAACAAAACAAACAAAACCCAAACCAAUAGAGAUGCAAAUCAGCUAGCAGUGGCAGGUGAUCCAAAAAUACAGCCUGCCUGUCACCCCUUCAGAAAACUCAAGUCAUGGACUAUGCGAGUCAAGAAUUAAAAUACAACUGUAUUAUGUGCAGGAAAAGCAGAAAUAUGUUCAUUUACUUUUUGUUCCUAAUAGGAUUAACUGUGAAGACUAACUUAUAAAUGUGAAUUUAAGGAAAUCUAAGUGCUGGAGGAAACAGUCUGAAUUUUGUUCUUCUAUUCCAGUGGGUCUCACUUUGUAUAUCAAGACCCCCUUUACAAACCUGUCUCCAAAGAUAUUUAUAUUACGAUUCAUAACCGUAGCAAAAUUACAGUUAUGAGGUAGCAAAGAAAAUAAUUUUAUAGCUGGGAGUCACCACAACAUAAGGAACUGUAUUGAAGGGUCCCAGCAUUGGGAAGGUUGAGAACCGCUGGUCUAUGCAGUAUUCAAGGAGCACCCACUUGGUGACAGGCCAGUGCUCCUGUCUUGUCAGGUGAUGUUUACCAGGGCUCUGCACAAAUAAGCUCUCUGGCUAGCCACCACCCUCUUGAGCAGGGCCUGUACUCCAGAUACAGCCUCUGCCCGGAUCAAGUGCUCCAUAUUUUAGACAAAUUGGGAAGAGAGACGGCUGAGCAGCUCAGGGGUGGCCCUGACUGCGUGUCCGUGUUUUAUCUUGGACUGCAGUCCACACCCAGCACACAGCAGCAGCAUAACUUCUUGAGGUGCCUUUAGAAGCAACCUGUCAGGCCCAAACCGUCCAAGUAACACCAGAAUAUUCUUAAGUUCCCCAAAUAAUUCUGACACUCAUCAGCCAAGCUGCUGCCCUCAAUAAAUCCACUGUACCCUUUCAAGCAGUUUGCACAAGGGAAUCUGUCCUCCAGUGUCCUGCCCAGAAUACUGACUCUGAGAAAGGAUCAGAGUCGCUGUCUCCUGCCCAGCACUAACUCCUGAAAGUUUUCCUGGGUCUUUGUAAGAACUGUUUCUGUUCUUAGAGGCUCUGUUCUAUCUGCCCUUGGUACAAGCAGCCUCUGCAAACCAAAGAACUUCAUUUCAGCACUCUACCCAUUGUCCACACCAAGAGAACUAUCUGCCCAAUAAAAUGGCCCUUGGGAUGUACAGUC